AUGAAGAAUAUCAAAGAAGCACAGUUCCUGAAGCCAAUCAGAUCCGAUCCUAGCCAGAGGGAUCCUAACUUAUGGUGCGAAUAUUAUGGGACUCACGACCACGAAACUAGGGACUGCCGGCAUCUGCGCGAAGAGGUAGCGACGUUGUUGAAGAACGGCCAUCUCAGGGAGUUAUUGAGCGACCGGACCAAGAAUAAUUAUGGCUCAUCCAAGAAGACAAAGGUUUCAGUGACUCACAGCAAGAGACUCCGAGAAUUCGCCGAAGAUGAUAUCACCUUCACGGAGGAAGACGCUGACAGACUUCUUCUUCCGCAUAACGAUGCUCAUGUAAUCUCUCUCAAUGUCUUAGAUUUAAAAAAUAAGGGUAUUUUGGUUGACCCAGGAAGCUCAACCAACAUUAUUCAAUGGAGAGUACUGGAACAAGCAAAGUUAACCGGAAGCAUCAUUCUGGCAACAAAGCUCCUCACCGGGUUCAACUUGGCAAGUGUGACAACCCGAGGAGAGAUCCUGCUGCCCACGAAUGCUAAAGGGGUAACUAAAAGCACCUUAUUUGAAGUGGUAGAUGGCGACAUAGGCUACAACAUAAUCCUCGGAAGGCCAUGGUUACAUGACAUGAAGGCCAUUCCCUCAACAUAUCAUCAAUUGUUGAAAUUUCCGACCCUAGAAUGA